AUGCCGCGCGCUGAAGCCGGAAGCACAAAGGCCAUCGCCAACAAGAUCAAAGCCAAAGGUUUAGGUCGUCUACGAUGGUACUGUCAAGCAUGCGAGCGCCAGAUGCGCGAUGAGAACGGGUUCAAAUGUCACGUCCAGAGCGAAAGCCACGUCCGACAAGUCUUACUCAUCGGCGAAGACCCGAAGAAAUACAUUGAAGAUUACAGCAAGCAGUUCAUCAGCAACUUUUUGACUCUGCUUCGCUCGACACACGGCGAGAAGAAGACUCAUAUCAACCAGUUUUAUCAGCAGGUUAUUGCGGAUAAGGAGCAUAUCCACAUGAACGCGACGAAAUGGAAGAGUCUCUCGCAGUUCGCGGCGCACCUCGGUCGCGAGGGACUGUGCCACGUUGAGGAGACGGAGAAGGGUCUGUUUGUUUCGUAUAUCGACCGGAGUCCGGAUGCGAUGAGACGACGAGAAGCGAUUAUGAAGAAGGAAAGACAGGAUCGGGGUGAUGAAGAGCGGGAACAGAGACAGAUCCUGGAGCAGGUUGCUCGGGCGCGCCAGAACGUCGACAAGGAGGAUGAUGAUAUCGAUCCUGAGGCGCGGAAUCUACAACGGAAGGAGGGCGAGAAGGUCAAGUUGAAUCUUGCCUUCGGUGCCAAGCUCGCUCAGCCGAGUCCGCCGGCACAGUCAGAGUCGCCCGAGGAUGCAAAGGACAAGGACAACUCCACGUCUGUGACGCCGGAGACGUCAGCUGCUGCUUCACCCGCCCCAACGCAAGCUGCUCCUGCGCCCAAGGUGUCGAUGUCGUUCGGCGGUGCGAAUAGCAAGCCGAAGAAUGUGUUUGCAGCUGCCGCGAAGAAGAACCCGCUGGCCGGGAAGAAGGGUCCUGUCAUGGUCGCCCCGAAGAAGAUGACCGAGCAGGAGAGGAUUAUGAAACAGGAGAUGGAGAUGAUGGAGCGGAAGCGCCUAGGUGGUGGGGGGAUGCCGAACCCCAAACGCCCCAAGGUGUCAUGA